AUGAUGACACAAACCCAACAGCUUGCUUCUGGUACGCGAUUGGGAGAAGAGAGAAAGUUGAGUCUUGGCUCAUCCUCGGAGAGACGAGACAGUGUUACUUCUUCUUCCAUCCCACAGUUACUAACCGAUUCAAAUAUUGUUCCGAAUAUUUUGGUGAUUGAUGAUGAUUUAGUUACAAGAAAAACGCUUUCAAAAUUACUUUCAAAUUUGGGAUACAAAUGUACAACGGCAGCAGGAGGAAAGGAAGCUUUGAGCUUGUUGCUGCGUGAUGAUGAUGAUCCGUUUCAUUGUCUUCUUGUAGAUGUAAUGAUGCCAGAAAUGGACGGUUUUGGCUUCAUUCGUGUCUUGAAACAGGCCAUCAACAGAGAAAUUCCUUGCAUAAUGAUGAGCGGUAGCGAGGAUCCCGAAACUGUUUCAAAAUCAUUCCAAUAUGGAGCAGAAGAUUUUCUUCCAAAACCAAUCAAGGAAGAAAUUCUCAGAGCACGAAUACAAACUGUGUUAGCAUAUAGAGAUCGAAGAAUAAGGGAAAGAUUUUAUAUUAACAAGAUUGUAGAGGAGCAAAGAUUAAGAAAUCAACUUCACAUGCAAGAAAAGAAGAAUGAAGAAGAAUUAAUGGCGUUCAAAAAGAAGGUUGGCGAAUCAAUAGAAACACCAAUUCAGUUAAUUGUCAGCACAGUAGGAGACAUUAUGAGCGGAAGUUUAGAUCGAGAGCAAACAAAACUUGCUCUCAUUUCUGUGAUGAAAUCUCUUAGUUCUUCAAAUCUAUAUAGGCCAGCCUUUUUAGAUUCUCUCAAGACAACUGAAAUGGAUGAAAGUACCCGUCAUUGGCUAGUCAAUCAAUAUACCAAAGAUGCCGAGGAAUAUAAUGCCAGAAGGCACAGUAUCAAUGAAAGAAGCAAUAGUUUGGAUUCUGGGAGCUCGUCGGACUCAACCACCAACAAUUACUCCUCUACGCUCACUCUUCCCAAUGCACAGACCAAUACAUCAAUUCUAACGAAGCCUGAAGCAGAAUUGCCAUUCAAUUUGGACACCUAUAAGCCCGAUGUAGAUUUAAAAUCUCUGAACUAUGACGCAUUCAAAUACUCCGACUAUGAGGAGUUGAAAAAACACGUCAUGUACUUCUUCAAAUCAUUGAACAUGUUCGAAACGUUCAAUAUUAAGCCAUACAAAUUGUGGGCUUUCUUAAGCGAAUUGAGAAAGAAGUAUAGAGCAAAUUUUUAUCACAAUUUUAGGCAUUGUUGUGAUGUUACACAAUACCUUUACGUACUGAUCAAUAAUGAGAAGAUUGAUGCAUUCUUUUCCAACAUUGAAAAACUUGUGUUACUCGUUUCUGGGCUCACACACGACAUUGAUCACCCAGGAGUGAACAAUAACUUUUUAAUCGCAACAGAGGAUGAAUUGGCCUAUCGAUAUAAUGACAAGAGUGUUCUUGAAAAUUACCAUGCGUUCAAUGCAUUUAAAAUUUUACAAAAGGAUGAAUGCAAUUUUUUAGAUGGUCUUAGUGAAGAACAAUUUCGAGAGUGCAGAAAAUGUCUCGUCCAGACCAUUUUAGCUACCGAUAUGAGCAAUCACUUUUCUAUAAUUUCAAUUUUCGAAUCUCGAAUAGGAACUGGAAGAUUAUCUAACGAAAAUGCCGAAGAUAGAAUUCUAUUAAUGCGAGUGUUAAUGAAAUGUUCAGACAUUAGCAAUUUGAGCAGGCCGUUCCCUAUUGCAAAGAAAUGGGCCAAUGCAUGUAUUAAUGAAUUCUUCUCACAGGGCGAUUUAGAGAGACAGAAAGGACUUCCAAUUAGCCCUCUCAUGGAUCGUAAUACUUUGGAUUUCCCAAAGUCACAGAUGGAUUUUGGAAAAUUUGUUGUUGCGCCCUUGUUCAAAUUGCUUUGUGCAGCCUUCAAAGAAUUGACCUUCUUACACGAAUCGGUGUUGAAUAAUAUCGAGACAUGGCGACACAUUUACGAAGAGGAACAAGCCAAAAAGGCACUCGCUGCAGCAAACUCAACCACUCCAUCGUCUACAGCAGCAAUAGUUCCACCUCAAGAAAGUUCUACUGAAAAACCAGAAGAAUCAAGCAAAGAGCCAACUAAAGUGGACCAAACAAGUGUUGCUCAUGCCGAAGAUAAUGCUAAGGCAAGCACAUCAACGACGACAGAACAAAACCCUCCUACGAGAAAUGAUACUGUCACCACUGCUAAGCCUGCUCAACCUGCCAAUCAGUCCAACAAUAUGUUGUUCAUUUUGUUGCCAGUCUUGUUUUUAAUUCUCUCACUCAUGCUAUAUUUCCUAACCAUGUAA